AUGGAAUUGUGCAACCAAAGUACUUCAAUCAAAUACUUAUUCAAGUAUAUAAACAAGGGGUCUGAUAAAAUUUCGGCUGUUAUUGUGCCAUCUCAUUCAACCAACAGACGUGGUGAUAAAAACAUUGAUGAGAUUAAACAAUAUCUAGAUUGUAGAUAUGUUUCACCGAGUGAAGCAUGCUGGCGAAUAUUCUCAUACUCAUUACAUGGAAGGAAACCUGCCGUGGAAAUAUUAUUCUUUCACUUGGAAGGAGAACAUUCUGUUUACUACCGAGAUUACGAGCAAAUUGGAGAUGUCUUAAUUAAGCCAAGUGUCACAGAAUCCAUGUUUACGGCUUGGUUCGAGGCUAACAAUCAAUAUGAAGAGGCAAGGUUGCUAACUUAUGGACAAUUUGUUUCAAAAUUUGUAUAUGUCAAGAAAUCAAGAACUUGGAAGCCACGACAGCGGGGAUACACAAUUGGUCGACUUAUGUGGGUUUCGUAG